CUCUCGUGCAAAUCCACGACUAUAUCGCCUGUCAGAGAGGUUGCGGCAGUGUCGAUCGAUGUAUUUACCUGGCUACCUGGCUACGAGCGAAAGAGCCGACAAUCGGUUCGCCGCGGUCAAAGUGAAUAUAUAUUUGUUGGUACAUAAAUAAACGACGGUACGAAGUGACAUGCGAAACAACGUGGCGCACAUGGCUCGCAAUCAGACCGAGAGAGACAUUUGGGAGUCUUCGGCGACGAUUCUGUCGAGAUUCGACGUCAACGCCGAUGGAACGUUGGAUUACUCCGAGUUCCGAGGGCUCUGCGUCCAUCUAUUUGGCGUGGAGGAGGUCAAAGAGCACGAGUGGCGAGUACGGGAUAUUUUCGAGCUGCUCGACGUGAAUGAAGACGACUCCCUGAACGAGGAGGAUUUACGCAGUGGUUACGAAUGGAUACACGCGACUGUAUAUCCCGUAAAUGUUUUGUUGGUUGUUGACGUUCAAAAUGAUUUUAUUGAUGGCACAUUGGCUCUUCGAAAAUGUGGCUAUGGACAGGAUGGGGCAGAAGUAGUGAAACCGAUAAACCGGCUUUUGAGGGACGGUCAUUGGAAUAAGGUAAUAUAUUCGCAAGAUUGGCAUCCCGAUAAUCAUAUCAGCUUUUUUGAGAAUUUGGCAACGAGAGAUCUUCAUCCCGAAUCUAAGAUUACUAAGAAAAUAGCAAAACCUUUCGAUACCGUCGAUUUUUUGCAACCUCAUGUAACGCAGAUACUUUGGCCAAAACAUUGCGUUAUGAAUACUUGGGGCGCCGAAUUGCAUAAAGAUCUUUUGAUCGUACCUUCUUCCGAAAGGGUGUACAAAGGUCAGCAUCCUGAAAAAGAUUCAUAUUCAUCAUUUGGCGAAAAGAAUAUUGAUGGUACUUCCGAGCUUGUAAAAAUUUUGACAAACGUUGGUUGCACGCAUUUGUAUGUUUGCGGUAUAGCUUAUGACGUGUGUGUGAAGGAGGCAUGUUUAGAUGGUUUAAAAUGUGGGAAAUAUCAGUUAGCUGUCAUUGAUGACUGUUGUCGUGGCGUAAAACCCGAUAAUAUAAUGAUUGCAAAUCUGAUUACCGAGAAUGGCGGUUUAGUAACAUCUAGCGACCACGUUUUGUCCUUGGUAAACGAAGGCAAACGGAGCCUAAUAAUGGCACAUCAUGCCGCCAGAUGUAAAGGUAGCAGAAUGUGAAGAGAUUUUUUUAUAAAAUUCUAUCAAUCUUCUUUUAUAGUAAGAUUGCCGAGAUUAGUCGAAUAAAGCUUAAACAAGAGUCUCUAAAAAAUACAUGACAUUAUUUAGAAAUUAACUUUUUAG